UGAGUCGGCCUAAGUGACCUAUUAGGUAAUCGCAGGGCUUAUGUAGCCGCAUGUCCCGUCCUGUGACUCUCUGGACGCAGCUGUAACGUUACUUUGUCGAGCCGCUGGUUCAGUUCAGUCUGUCGGUGUCGUGUCUGCCGCUGCGGAGGACGCGCUGCUCGCCCUACAGCCUUUUCUGACCGAGCAGUCAGGAUCCUCCUGAGCCUUGAGGUCAGAGGUCAGAGAGCCAUGGGAACCAGGAGGGUGCUGGUAACUGGGUGCUCCUCUGGCAUCGGCUUGGCUGUUGCUGCCCGUCUGGCCAAAGAUGAGUUCAGGCGGUUUAAAGUUGUUGCCACGAUGAGGGAUCUGAGGAAACGGGGGCCCUUGGAGAAAGCGGCAGGUGACUCCCUGAACAAAACGCUGGAAAUCAAAGAGUUAGAUGCCUGUUGUGAAGAGUCCAUCAGAGAGUGUGUCAACAGCCUGCCCGACAGACGAGUGGAUGUCCUCGUGAACAAUGCUGGUGUUGGCAUGAUCGGACCGCUGGAGUGCCAAAGCAUCGCUGCCAUGAAGGAGCUCUUUGACACAAACUUCUUCGGCCUGGCGCGGCUGGUGAAGGAGCUGCUGCCUGACAUGAAGCGGCGGCAGAGCGGCCAUAUUGUGGUGAUGAGCAGCGUCAUGGGCAUACAGGGGCUUCUGUUCAACGACGUCUACUCUGCCUCCAAAUUCGCCGUGGAAGGAUUUUGUGAAAGUCUGGCAGUGCAAGCAAUGAAGUUUAACAUCAAGACGACUCUGGUGGAGCCUGGUCCUGUGGUAACAGAGUUCGAAAGGAAAGUAUACGAGGAGGCUGAGAAGAUGGAUCUGUCAGGGGUGGACGAGGAGACCGCCAAGAUCUUCCGUGAAAUUUACCUGCCGUACUCCAAAAAGGUCUUCGCCUCGUUAGGCCAGACACCAGAGGAAGUGGCUGAGCAAACUGUUAAAGUGAUCACAGCCAAGGAGCCUCCCCUGCGUCACCAGACCAACCGGCUGUACAUGCCCAUGACUGCACUGAAGCACGCAGAUCCGACUGGCCGACUGCCUCUGGACACCUUCUAUAAGAUGAUCUUUAAACAUGACAGUGUGUUCAAUGCCACUCUGGGGGUGCUGCGCCUGCUGCAGAGGCGGACAGGGAAGAAACAAUGACCUCACUGCACCAUAGACAGUAAAUGGUAUGCUUGGUACAUAGUGAUUGACUGUGGUAUACAUCUUGGUUUGUUUCUGAGCAGCUCUGACCAGGCACAGGCCAUAACAUGUUGUCUGUGCAAUACAUUUUAAUUCCUCAUGCACUGUAAAUAUGCACAUAGUAUUUAUGGACUUUCUCUCUGUGCAGUCUUUCUUUCGAUUUUACUAUCGGUUGGUACAGAUAAAUACUGUAUUGUACCAGAAACAUAGAAUAAAAGAGUUCAUUUUCUGAUCUCGUAGAAUAAAAAGAUUAUACUGUACAUUCCACUCUUGGCAAGCAAACAAAUGCAAGGCAAUAAAAUAAUACACAGA